CAGAUUGUCCACCCGUUUCUCAUGCCCACCCCCCGCCGCCACCUCUGCUUCCUCCGCGCACUCGUUGGGCUCCGCUCCACCGGCGCUGCUGGCUUUUCCUCGGCUCCUACACGCGGGUGCCCACUCCACGCCGCGCUAGCGCGCCGCGGCGCCCCCGCGGCCGCCGCGCUCGCUCUCUUUUCCAGCAUCCGUGCCGCGACAUUGCCGACCCCCUACACCUUCUCCCUCCUGCUCGCCUCCCUCGCCGCGUCCUCCUCCCGCUCCCGCACCCCCUCCGCUGCCGUCUGCGAUCGACUCGCUGCGGCGGGGCUUGCGCAUGGGCAGGCGCUCAAGCACGGCGCGCUCGCACACCCCGUCGUCACCAACUGCCUCCUCAAGCUCUACUGCGCGCUCGGCAUGCUCUCCGACGCGCGCAGGGUGUUUGAUACUAGCGGUGCCACCUCCCUGGACGCUUUCUCCUGGAACACGAUGGUGUCAGGGUACGGCAAGUGCGGCGACCUAGAGGCCGCGCGGGAGGUAUUCGUCAGAAUGCCCGAGAGGGGCCUGGUUUCCUGGAGCGCAAUGAUCGACGCUUGCAUCCGUGCUGGGGAGUUCAGUGAGGCACUGAGGAUGUUCGACCAGAUGAUGGGAAAUGGGUUCAGGCCAGACGCCGUGGUGCUAUCGAGCGUGCUCAAGGCUUGUGCGCAUCUGGGUGCUCUUGAGAGGGGGCGGUGGGUUCAUAGGUUUCUCAAAGCAGAGGGGCUUGGGAGGAGUCCGGAUAAUGUCAUGCUUGAGACGGCGCUUGUCGAUAUGUAUUGCAAGUGCGGGUGCAUGGAUGAGGCAUGGUGGGUCUUUGAUGGAGUCCAGAGCCAAGAUGUGGUGUUGUGGAAUGCAAUGAUUGGUGGGCUUGCGAUGAAUGGGCAUGGAAAACGCGCACUUGAGUUGUUCAGAAGGAUGCUUGAUAUGGGGUUUGUGCCAAAUGAGUCAACGUUUGUUGUUGUUCUUUGUGCGUGCACCCACACAGGUCGUGUGGACGAAGGUAAGGAGAUUUUCAGGUCCAUGUGUGACCAUGGCAUCGAGCCACGGAGGGAGCACUACGGGUGCUUGGCUGAUCUCCUUGGACGUGCAGGACUCCUGGAAGAAGCCGAGGCUGUGUUGCUGGACAUGCCGAUGGAGCCACAUGCAUCACAGUGGGGGGCUCUAAUGUCAUCAUGCUUGAUGCACAACAAUGUUGGUGUGGGUGAACGUGUAGGAAAGAAACUUAUUGAGCUAGAGCCAGAUGAUGGUGGACGUUAUGUUGUUCUGUUCAAUCUGUAUGCAGUUAAUGGUUUAUGGGAAGAUGCAAAAGCUCUUCGUAAGAUGAUGGAAGAGAGGGGAGCCAAGAAGGAGACAGGUUUGAGCUUUAUAGAGUGGAAUGGUUUAGUCCAUGAGUUCAGAUCAGGUGAUACAAGACACCCCCAAACAAGGCAGAUCUAUGCAUUACUGGAAGAUAUGGAGCAGAGAUUACAACUGAUUGGCUAUGUCAAGGAUACCAGCCAAGUGCUCAUGGACAUGGACGACGAGGAAGAUAAGGGAAAUACCUUGUCCUACCACAGUGAGAGGCUUGCAUUAGCAUUUGGUAUUCUAAACACUCCCCGUCACAUGCCUAUUCGAAUUGUCAAGAAUCUUCGAGUGUGCCGUGACUGCCAUGUCUAUGCCAAACUUGUGUCCAAGCUCUACCAACGUGAGAUCAUUAUGCGUGACCGCCAUCGCUUCCACUUGUUCCGUGGUGGGGUUUGCUCCUGCAAUGACUUCUGGUGACAAUGUUACUGACUAUUCGGUAUGGGCGUAUGGCAUAGUUAUGGACAUCAUUCUAAAAACAGCAACUAGAAAGGAUGAUCAUGACAUGACUAUUAUGUAUUUGGAGGAUGAGAUAGAAUGUGGUCAAUACCACACUUAGAAAAGUUGCCCCACAACAUCAAAUAUAAUCCUUGGCAUCGAAUUCACCAAAAUAAUUUGAUGGUCAGGUAGGUGCUGCAUCCUAAAUUCAUAUGAGCAAGUUGUCACCUUUUGGUGAUGACAAUUUAAUAGCAUGUAUUGGAAGCAUUCACCAUUUUUUGCUAUCUUUUUUAGCUUUUGGUUCUAGUUCUUAUGUUUAUAUUCAAUAGACCUGUUCAAACGUCAUGUCGGACCAAGGUCAGGUCGUCAGCCUGUUUGACGGGCUGGGUCGGGUUUUUUCGGGUUGAGUUGGGUUUUGGAUAAAAAAUAAUGGCUCAAAUCCGGCCGGUGAAUUAUUGCGGAUCAAAAAUUAUGGUCCUUACUCGCCCGUUGCAUUGGUCGGAUCGGGUCAGGUUUUUUCGGUUGGGUUGGAUUGGUCGGGUCGCCUAUAAUUAAGUAUAAUAUUCAAAUAAAUAAUGAUAGAUCUAUAGUUCUAUACAUAUAUAAAAUACAUACAGAGGAGUAUUAAGGAUAUCUGCACCGGUUAUGCGUACAGGAAACGCUAUGCAGAUCGAGUUACGGAUGCAUUAAAAAAAUCCUGCAGCGACGUACAAGUUUAGAGAGACCAAAAAACGUUAUUUGUAGGGCAACAUAUCGAAUGUAAAUCACAUUUUGGUGCAAAACUAUUAAAAAAGUUUUAAAAAAUUCUGAAAAAAAGCAUGAAUGUACAUCUAAGUUUAUCUCAUAUAUAUAUAAAAUUUUACGGUCAAAUUUAUCUUAUUCUAGCAGUUACAAAAAAGAUAAAUUUUGGUGCAUUUGAACUAUUAAUGUUUAUCAGAAAUUUUGUUUUUUUUAACUGCUAGAGUAAGAUAAAUUUGAUCAUGAAAUUUUGUAUAUAGAUGAGGUAAGAUUAAAUGUACAUUCAUGUUUUUUUCAGAAUUUUUUGAAAUAUUUUUUAGUAGGUUUGUAUGGGGUUUGCACAUUUGGUUUGCAUUCUAUAUGUCUCUGUUUGUAGCGUUUGCUUCAGUGCUAAGGUGGGACUGGAGGCGGGGCGGUGGCGAAUGCAACGGGAGAUUGAGAAGAGAGAGGUGAAAAUAAAUAAUAGAAUAUCUGAUAAUUAGUAUAGGGUAGAGAUGUAAGUUAAAUAUGAUUGUGGAAGUUUGUGAGAUAGAGUAGAAAAUCUCGCUGAUUAUGAUAGAAUAUUCGGUAAAGUGUGAUAGCCUAACAUCAUUCUCACGUCUUUUAGCACUUAAUUCGUACACCAUUGAAUAUUUAACUUCGUAGGUGCGAUUAUAAUUUUGAUUAAAGGGAUGUCACCAGUGUGUCCCGUUCUGUUCUUCUGCUGUGUUCCGUAACUUCCGUUAUUCCUAUUCUUUUCCAACGCGACUACACGUCUACGCCUCUCCUCUGCUUUCCCCUCUGGCCCUUCCGAUGGACUACUCGAGUGGCGCGACGGAGUCGGGGAGGGUGCGAGCACGUUGGUGCUACUGCCGCUGCUUCCGCCGUUGGUGCCGCUGCUUCUGCGGCUGCUACUGCUGCAACUGCUUCCCCGACGAGCCCCACGACGACCGCCGCGCCGCAGCGUACGCUUAGGCUCCUGGACUCUCCACUCGCAGUCGCAGGGAGAGUCGCAUAUAGGCAUAUGAGCAGUAUGAGGGAACUGGAUUUCUGUCCUCAUGUACACUAGGCAAAUGGCUACCUUGUUCUUCAAAUAGAUGUUGAAGAAGAUAUUACAGCUUCAGAGAAUCAGAGCUCUCUUUUUUGGUGCUUGUAAUGUUACAAAGAAGCCCCGACGAUGAUGUGAAUCAGAGUAGCACUUCGUGCAUUCUAAUCUGUGUACUGUGGUUCGCGAAACUAAGAUUGAAUGUGUCGAGUGUUUCUGUGUGGGCGGUUGUUUGCCUCUUCUGUACUCUGUUGUUCUUCUUCUCUGUUUAAUGAAAUAAUUCACAGCUCUCCUGCAUGUUAUGUUCGAUCGAGAGAGAGAGAAAGAGAAAAAAAAUGUUUGCA